CUUUGUAUGAAUGGCGGCAUAAAGACGAAGCUAAUCCAUAAUCAGCUGGCAUAUAUGUCUGUAUAUCACAGUUUUAGUAGAACCACGACAUAAGUUAGAUCAUGGCUCUCAGCUUAGAUGACAGAAUUUUGGGAGAAAAGGUGAACAACUACUGUAGCAGCAGUGAGGAUGAGGGAGAAGAUGAAGAAACCAGAGGCUCUGACCCAGAGGAAUAUGACAAGAAAACAAUUAAGGGGCCAAAGUUCAUACCAGAACCAGAGAUUCAGGAAUAUCAAGGAUAUUCCACUAAUACGGGUCCAAAGGGCGUCAUCAAUGAUUGGAGAGAAUUUAAGCGUUUAGAAAAUGAAAGGAGGGAAGCUCAGGAAAAGGAAAAAUUAGCAAUGAUGAAAAAGUUGUCUAUGACAUGUCGAUCUCAUUUAGAUGAUGAAAAAGAAAAACAGAAAGAUGAAGAGCUUCUGCAAGAACUUGAAGAGUUAGAGGAUGAUUUUUUGAAAGAAUACAGAAUGAAGCGAUUGGAAGAAAUGAGGAAAGCACUUCAGAAUGUACCAAAAUUUGGAAAAGUUGUAGAUCUGAACUCUGAUAGUUUUGUGGAAGCCAUUGACAAAGAACUGCCCCAAGUCACCGUCAUCAUUCAUUUGUAUGAAGAUAAGGUGCAAGCAUGUGAGGCCAUGAAUGGAUGUUUAGCAUGCCUUGCACAGGACUACCCCUCUGUCAAGUUCUGCAAGAUCAAAGCAUCAGAGACUCAGCUGAGUAAUAAAUUUGCAAAGAUGGGUGUCCCUGCAUUGUUAGCUUACAAAGGCGGGGAACUCAUAGGGAACUUUGUUAAGUUGACAGAGGAGCUAGGCAAAGAUUUCUUUUCCUCUGAUGUAGAAAGCUUCUUGUAUGAUUUUGGACUGCUACCAUCCAACGACAUCAUAAACCAAGCCAUCAAGGACACAACAACAGGAGAGCUUCGCACGAAAAUCCAGGCAGAUGAAGACAGCGGUAGUGAAUUUGAACUAGAUUAACUCCACUGCAGGGGGGUUGAUAUUUUAAAUCUGAUGUGCAAUAAUGGUGGAGUAGUCUGAUAAGGAGCUUUCUGCUAUAUAUAAAAUUGUUCUUUUUGAGAACAGGAGAAAAAAAAAACGCCGUAUAAAGCAGUUUAAUUCAUUGUUCUGCAUAUACUCUAUAAAGGAAAGAGAAUAUUUCAAGGUGCUAUAGAAUUUCAUUAAAAGGAAAAAAAACAGUUAUUUUUCCCUGGAAAUUCAGGUAAAAGUUUUGAAAUUUUUAAAACUAUCCAGCGUUGAAAUAUUUGUUAUGAUUGAUGGAACUAGACUACCAUCAAACCAAUGUGCCGCAAUGAUUAUAUACUUUCAGUAUUAAUAUUGUUAGAGUACUUAGCAUGCUACCCCAUUCACCAGGACCUCCCUGAUGCGAGGUAAAAGAGUAUGAAAUCAUCCAACUGGCUAUGGUUUUUUUUCGGGAGCUUCAUUUUCUUCCAGCAAUCUACAAUUUGGAAUGAUGGGACUUAAUUUCAUAAUUUUGUGUAAAAAUGUUGAAGCAUUAGGAGUAUAAAGGGGAAUUUUUCAUUGAAGAAAAAUUAUACACAUACUAAGAUAACUGUGAGAGUAAAUUCUACACAGGUUAUUCGCAGAGAGGUUUUUAUCUGUAACAUUGUAAAGUUAAACUUUUUUUGGUUGUUUUGUUUGUGGUUUAUUGGUGAAUUAUUCAAGAACAAAUCCUACAGGUAAGAGGUCCAAAUUACAUGUAAACAACACACAAACAUGUCAGGAUAUAGAACAAAUAUCAGGUAAACAACAAAUGUAAAGACGACUGGAUAAUAAAUAACUGGUAAACAACACCUAAACAUGACAGGUUAUAGAACAAAUAACUGGUUAACAACAAAUAAACACUACUGGAUAAUAACAGGUAAAAAACACAUAAAAACAACUGGAUAUAGUACAGAUAACAGGUAAAACGCACCUUGAUAUAGUACAGAUAACAGGUAAAACACACCUGGAUAUAGUACAGAUAACAGGUAAAACACACCUGGAUAUAGUACAGAUAACGGGUAAAACAUGACUUGAUAUAGUACAGAUAACAGGUAAAACACACCUGGAUAUAGUACAGAUAACAGGUAAAACAUGACUUGAUAUAGUACAGAUAACGGGUAAAACACACCUGGAUAUAGUACAGAUAACAGGUAAAACACACCUGGAUAUAGUACAGAUAAAAGGUAAAACACACCUGGAUAUAGUACAGAUAACAGGUAAAACACACCUGGAUAUAUUACAGAUAACAGGUAAAACACACCUGGAUAUCGUACAGAUAACGGGUAAAACACACCUGGAUAUAGUACAGAUAACAGGUAAAACACACCUUGAUAUAGUACAGAUAACAGGUAAAACACACCUUGAUAUAGUACAGAUAACAGGUAAAACACACCUGGAUAUAGUACAGAUAACGGGUAAAACACACCUUGAUAUAGUACAGAUAACAGGUAAAACACACCUGGAUAUAGUACAGACAACAGGUAAAACACACCUGGAUAUAGUACAGAUAACAGGUAAAACACACCUUGAUAUAGUACAGAUAACGGGUAAAACACACCUGGAUAUAGUACAGAUAACAGGUAAAACAUGACUUGAUAUAGUACAGAUAACAGGUAAAACACACCUGGAUAUAGUACAGAUAACAGGUAAAACACAACUGAAUAUAGUACAGAUAACAGGUAAAACACAACUGAAUAUAGUACAGAUAACAGGUAAAACACACCUCGAUAUAGUACAGACAACAGGUAAAACACACCUGGAUAUAGUACAGAUAACAGGUAAAACACAACUGAAUAUAGUACAGAUAACAGGUAAAACACACCUCGAUAUAGUACAGAUAACAGGUAAAACACACCUGGAUAUAGUACAGAUAACAGGUAAAACACACCUUGAUAUAGUACAGAUAACGGGUAAAACACACCUUGAUAUAGUACAGAUAACGGGUAAAACACACCUUGAUAUAGUACAGAUAACAGGUAAAACAUGACUUGAUAUAGUACAGAUAACAGGUAAAACACAACUGAAUAUAGUACAGAUAACAGGUAAAACACACCUGGAUAUAUUACAGAUAACAGGUAAAACACACCUGGAUAUCGUACAGAUAACAGGUAAAACACACCUGGAUAUCGUACAGAUAACGGGUAAAACACACCUGGAUAUAGUACAGAUAACAGGUAAAACACACCUGGAUAUAGUACAGAUAACGGGUAAAACACAACUGGAUAUAGUACAGAUAACAGGUAAAACACACCUGGAUAUCGUACAGAUAACGGGUAAAACACACCUGGAUAUAGUACAGAUAACAGGUAAAACACACCUGGAUAUCGUACAGAUAACAGGUAAAACACACCUGGAUAUAGUACAGAUAACAGGUAAAACACACCUUGAUAUAGUACAGAUAACAGGUAAAACACACCUGGAUAUCGUACAGAUAACGGGUAAAACACACCUUGAUAAAGUACAGAUAACGGGUAAAUAACAUGAAAACAUGGAUGUAGAGGUGUGCAGACAGCACUACUUAAUUAAAUUCAAGUAUAUUCAGGAAUAAAAUGUUGCAUGUAUUCUCAGUUAUGAAACUGUGACAUAAGAAUGAAGCACUUAUCACAAAGCAAGAAAAUGUAUAGAUCUGUAUCAUUUUGAGUGAUGUAUCCUAUAAUGAUUUAUUUUAGUGAGCAGGCUCCAGUAAUAUACAGUCCCUCAAUGAUGAGGAAAUGGUUUUUUUAAGCAUUCUACACUAAUAUACCAACCAAGCUUAUAAAGCUGAGCAGGCUCCUUUCAUAUAAAUAUCCAACUAGUGAAGAAUGGUUUCAAAGAAAACAUCUAUUGUGACUCUUAGUAAGAAAGAGAGAGAGGCGAAAAAAACAUCUGUUGUAGCUCUUAGUAAGACACAGAGAGAGGCGAAGAAAACAUCUACUGUGACUCUUAGUAAGACAGAGGCGAAGAAAACAUCUAUUGUGACUCUUAGUAAGACAGAGAGAGAGGCGAAGAAAACAUCUAUUGUGACUCUUAGUAAGACGGAGAGAGAGGCAAAGAAAACAUCUAUUGUGACUCUUAAUAAGAAAGAGAGAGAGGCGAAGAAGAGAGAGAGGCGAAGAAAACAUCUAUUGUGAUUCUUAAUAAGAAAGAGAGAAAGGCAAAGAAAAUAUCUAUUGUGACUCUUAAUAAGAAAGAGAGAGAGGCGAAGAAAACAUUUAUUGUGACUCUUAAUAAGAAAGAGAGAGAGGCGAAGAAAACAUCUACUGUGACUCUUAGUAAGACAGAGAGAGAGGCGAAGAAAACAUCUACUGUGACUCUUAGUAAGACAGAGAGGCGAAGAAAACAUCUUCUGUGACUCUUAGUAAGACAGAGAGAGAGGCGAAGAAAACAUCUAUUGUGAUUCUAAGUAAGAAAGAGAGAGGCGAAGAAAACAGCUAUUGUGAUUCUUAGUAAGAAAGAGAGAGAGAGGCGAAGAAAACAUUGUAUUUUAUUAGGAGAUGAGUCUGGACUCUACAAAUCAUUGGUUUUUAUUUAUAUUUGAUAACAUUAUUUGUUGUAAACGUGAAUAUCAUUUAUAUGACGAAGUGUAUACUAAAUACAUACAUUGCAUUAUCAAUGUGUCGUUUGAAUAGGUGGUGUAUUGAUUUUGUUAAUUUAUUGACAUUAUGCGUGUACAUGAUUUCUUCAACAGUGAGUGAGACUUUGUAUGUUAGAUAUUGUGUAUACAAACUGAGGAGGAAAACUUAUCAUACAUAUUAAUCAAAAUGUUUACUUCUGAUCAGUAAAACUGUUGUCAAUGCA